GUCUUUCCCAGAUUUUAGAUUCUUAAAAUAUACAUGCGGUGGAAACAAAGGCUAACCUAUGACCUCUAUUUUAAUCUCGAGGGCGCCAGAGACAAUCAUUCCUGAUGUCAGGUCGCCUUCCAGACUGAGGUGGACAAUGGGUGCCGAGGGAGUAAUUUACGUGGGGCAGCGCGCUUCCGUGGGAGAAUAUUUUGGAACUGUACGCUAUGUAGGGCCAGUACCCACUACUAAGGGUGACUGGGUUGGUAUUGAAUGGGACGAUACGUCCAGGGGUAAGCACAAUGGGACAAAAGAUGGCGUGAGUUAUUUCACCUGUGAAUCGGACACUGGUGGUUCGUUUGUGAGACCCCAUAAGUUGUCAACUGGAAUUUCAUUAUCUCAAGCCCUUGUGGAAAGAUAUGCAAGCUAUAACUGUAAGGAUGGGACUGCCCCAGGAGAGGAACUUUACUUUGAAGACCCAGGAACAGCUCAAAAAACAAAAGUGGAAGCCAUUGGAAUGGAACAAGUACAAAAAGUAUUCAAAGACUUGAAAAAUCUUACCAUGGUUGGAUUGCGAUUUGAAAAUAUUUCGCAUCCCGGAGACGAAAAUUUUUUGUUGAACCAAGCACCCAAUAUUCAGGACUUGGAUCUGUCAAAAAAUCUUUUUCAUGAGUGGGAAAGCAUCGCAAAAAUUUGCCACCAAUUGAAAAUGCUUCAACAGUUAAAUGUGAGUGGGAAUAUCAUGCAAAUUCCGCAACAACCCGAUAUGCUAAUGGACAGUUUUGCUUCGUUACAUACACUCAUUUUGAACAGCUGCUCCCUCAAGUGGUCAGAUGUUGUUUCAUGCUUGGGAUUGUGGCCCAAUAUUGUCGAAUUAUAUCUCGACAAAAAUAAAAUCAAGGAAAUAAGCAGACCAGAGAACGGCAUGUUUGCUCGGCUAAAAGUUCUGGGCCUCGCUACGAAUCCAAUUCAGGAUUGGAAGAAUGUUCUGAGUCUUUCCAACCUUUCAGGGUUGGAAGAGCUGAUUUUGAAUGAAUGCGAACUCCAUGAAGCACAAUUGACAGGAAAAGAUUUUGUGGGGCUGAAACAAAUUUGCUUAUCUGGAAAUAAGUUCGAUAAAAUGGAGGUUUUUAAUCAAUUGAACUACUUGAAAAAUCUGGAAAAAAUGAUGUUUCGAAAAAACCCUGUUUUAUUGGAAGAAACAGCGGACACAAUGCGUGAAAUCAUUGUAGCGAAAAUCGCUCGUUUGAAAAUGCUGAAUCGGAGUAUAGUGGACACAAUCGAACGUCAAGGCGCGGAAAUGGAUUAUUUAAAAAAGAACGGGAGGUACUGGAGAGAAAGUGGGGGGAAUCAAAACCCUGAAAAAAAUAACCCGUCGCCAGAAUUCACCCGAAACCACCCCAGGUAUAUGGAACUAGUGAAAGAGCAUGGCGCUUGCGAUGAUGCCGAGUUUUUUGUCAAAUCAACUGCAUUAAAGAGUAACUUACUGGAUGUUAUCAUUGCCUUUCCAGACACACCGGAUAUAAAACCACUGAAGAAAAAACUUCCACGAUCUAUGACCGUAGCAGCGUUGAAAAUGAUGAUAUUUCGGAUAACGAAGUUUCCGAUUAAAAUGCAAAGACUUGAGUACGUUAGUCAACAGAACUCUGAGCACGUAGUAUCUAUGGCCAAAGAUAAUGAGAGCCUGCAUUUUAUCUCUAUGGAAUCUGGCGAUAUGAUCAAAGUUUUGAAAAAAUGGUCGGACGUUGACUUUGAAAUUUAGUUUUGCUUGAGUUUCGUUCGGCAGCAACAUCCCCUAUCAAAUAGGAUGGACUUAUUCUGUAUUGUCAUGCAACAUUGAUUUUUUGUGUGAUUAGGCUUCUGUACUUUUCUUUGGAGCUAUCUUGUUCCAAAUUAUAUUUCAAAAACUAUGUCCGAAAAAUUUAUGAUCGUUGUUGUGAUUUGACAUGCUCCCAAAAUUUCUAUUGCUUGUAAAUUUGUCCAUAAUUGUGCUUUCUAUUCGUGGCAAAUCUGUCAUAAUUCAAGGCCAUGAGGAUAUGACAUUCUUCAUCCGACCCCAUUUUUUCUUAUAUCCAUGUAUAUGAUUUCUAUAAUUUUUGUGACACGCUUCAAUUGUACCUUAGUGGCAAAAUCUUGUGAGCGUCAUUCAACCCUGUUUUCUCUCAUAUUCGAGUAUAAAGCUUCUAUAAUUUUUGUGACGCGCUUCAAUUAGACCUAGAUUAGAUCUAUAUUUUUCCUUAAAACAUAUCAUGAUCCAAAAAAUUUUACAAUUAGACUUAUUUGUAGCAUGCCAUAGUGGCAAAAUGUAUGAUUGUUGUUGUGACAUUAAUGCUUCAAAUAUUCCUACCUGUGGCAAAGUCCCGAUAGCUUAAAUCCGUCUCCAUUUUUUGUCUCAUAUUCAAGUAUAUAUCGUCUAUCAUUUUUGUGACAUGCUUCAAUUAUACCUACUAGUGGCGAAACCUAGCUUUAUUAUGGAUUAUGUAUUUAAUCUUUAUAAUGUAUAUGCUUUGGUAUUAUUUUGGAACGCAUGAUAACGAGUUGACAUACCAUUGUUUUUCAUGACAAAAAUGGUUUUGGCGGUGGAACACCAAUCCUGAACGAAUUAUGUUUGACUGUCGAGGUAUCACUUCUAAAAUAUAUAUCCUCUAAUAUUUUCGAGCAUUGGCAUGCAUCACAUCAGAAAUUCCUACUAGUGGCGACUUCCAGGGAAAAAUGGUAAUCUAUUUUUUUAUUUCGAGGGUGCUGGAGACCAUUAAUCCUGGUGUCGAUCUAUCAAAACAUAUCAUUCUCAAAUAAUUACUACUAGUGGCGAAUUCCAUAAUUUUUGUGACAGGGCAUGUUCCGAAAGUUGCUACUAGUGGCGAAAUCCAAAAUUUUUUGCGACAUGCCAUGCUCUGAAAAUUAUUCAAAUUUUUCAUCUUUCUAGUGUAUGUAUAUUUUAUUUUUAAUCGUACUAUCUCCUUUAAUUUUGUGCCUAAUGAUAUCCGUUUAAUUUUAGCCAACUAGUAUUUAUGUAAUAUUAAUUUCUGGAACAGCACAGAUCAUGGGCAUCGGCUGGAACGAUAUCCCGAAAGAAUACAAACCUAGUUGGAGGACAUGGAAAGUGGAAGGCACAAGUUACGAGCCGAUACAAAAGAGAUUGGCAAAGAUUGGUCUCAAGGAUCCUUGGCUUAGGAAUGAAGUUUGGGCAGAAUAUGCUAUCAGAAGUAGACCACCAGUUACAUUAUAUACUUUGGCAAAGCGAGGAUGGCUGAGUGGACUCAUAGUGGCCGGUGUCAUUAUAUUCAUGGAAACGAAACUAGUUGAUUAAAAAUUCAAAUCUUUAUUUUUAUUUGUGCGAUUUCUCUGAUUCUUAAAAAAUAAAAUGUUCCAGAAUAA